AGGAGACAGGAAGACUUCGGUCUCAACGAGCAUGCCAUGGAGCCGCAGGACUCGAUCUUGAAGAUCGCCUGGGAUGCUCUUCAGGACCCUUCGCUGCUGUUCCUUUGCUUUGCGUCCUUGGUCUCGCUGGUGAUCGGAGUUGUCUCCUCCCAAUCGCAGGAGAUCGUGGAAGGGAUCGCGAUCUUGGCUGCGGUGCUGGUGGUGGUGACGGUGACUGCGGUCAACGAUUACCACAAGGAGAAGCAGUUCCGUUCACUCAGAGAAGUACAGGAGGAGGUGUGGGUGACUGUCAUCCGAGACAGUGCAGUAGAGCAGGUCCUGAACAAGGAUCUUGUUGUCGGCGAUGUCGUCUUGCUCAGUGCCGGCGAUAUGGUAUGUGCUGACGGGAUCAUACUGGACCAGAGUGACCUGCAGGUCUCCGAGCAAAGUCUUACAGGGGAGUCGUCUCCCAAGAGGAAGGGAAGCAGUCUCUGUGCUCCUAGCGCUCAUCUCCUUUCUCCUGCUAUCUUCUCCGGGACGUUCGUGCAGGAAGGGGAGGGGAAGAUGGUGGUGCUGGCGGUGGGGCCGAGCACGUACCAGGCGAGCAUACAGGAGUCGAUGAAGGAGGACAUGGAGGGAUGCAAGAAGAGCAUACUUCAGCUGAAGCUGGACAGCAUGACGACAACGAUCACCAAGGUAGGAGCAGCAGCAGGUAUCCUGACAGUCCUCGUGCUCCUCGCGAGGUUUUCCGUGGGUUUCGUCCGCGGGGAGUGCUGCAAGGAACGGUGGGUCAACAGCAUACACCUGCCGGAGAUACUCGACUAUCUUAUCACGGGUGUUACCAUCUUUGUCGUUGCGGUACCCGAAGGGCUUCCUCUCGCCAUCACCGUCGCCCUCGCGCUGUCUGUGAGGAAGAUGAUGAACGAUAACAACCUCGUGCGCCAUCUCAGCGCCAGCGAGACCAUGGGCAGCGUCUCCAGCAUCUGCUCCGACAAGACUGGCACCCUCACCAGCGGCAGGAUGACGGCGGUGCGCGUGUGGGUCAGCGGCCAGGACUGCAUCCUCGGCGAGGAGGGGAGGGCUGGGGAGCCUCUCGCUGAGCUGCCGCGCGGGGUCAGGGAGCUGCUGGCGUACAGUCUUGCGAUCAACACUUCCUUCAAGUCCAACGUCUCCUAUAGCCGUGAUGGCCAAGUUUCCUCCUCCCAGGGCAACGAGACCGAAUGUGCGCUUCUGCGACUCGUCGACAUGCUGCUGAAUAUCCAGGAGAAGAGAAGAUGUCUGACUUUCUCUUCUGACCGGAAACGUAUGAGCACCAUCGUCGGGGACGAUACUGAUCGGAUCGACUCCGUGAUGACUGGCAGGAGAAUUUUCUGCAAAGGGGCACCAGAGGUUGUGAUUCCACUUUGCUCAAGAAUUAUCUCCUCGUCCUCCUUCUCCUCCUCCUCCUCUUCAGCUGCAGUCGCUGCAGACAAUCAGCCCAUGACUGUGGAGCUGCGAGCGAGAGCUGAUGGGAUGGCGUGUAUGAUGGGGAAGGAAGGGUUGCGGCCUAUCGCCGUUGCGUUUCGAGACAUGGAGGAGGAGGAGGACGUGGACGAGCUGUCUGCUGAGAGAGAUCUGGUGUUGCUCGCCAUCGUCGGCCUCGAGGAUCCGCUACGUGCUGAAGUUCCUGCGGCAAUUCGAGCAUGCCAGCAGGCAGGAAUUACCGUCAGAAUGGUCACAGGGGACAACGAGGAGACGGCGAUAUCGAUUGCCAAGAAAUGUGGCAUUCUACCUCAGAGAGAGAUGAAUGAGAAGGAGAUGCGAGCGAGUGUCUUCACCGGGAAGCAAUUCAGAGAGCUCGUGGGUGAGAAGGAGGAUAUUGAUAUGGAACAGCUCGAGCAGAUCCUCCCAAAGCUUCGCAUUCUCGCACGCUCUACCCCCCUCGACAAGCUCGCUCUCGUUGGCGGCAUCCAGGACAGUGAGUCGUGUGGCCUUCAGACUGUUGCUGUGACAGGGGAUGGAACCAACGACGCUCCUGCUCUCCUCCGCGCUCACAUCGGCCUUGCCAUGGGCAAGGCAGGUACACAGGUGGCUCAGAACGCAGCAGACAUCAUCAUCCUCGACGACAACUUCGCCUCUAUCCUGCAGGCAGUCAAGUGGGGGAGGAACGUGCACGACAACAUCUGCAAAUUCCUCCAGUUUCAGCUCACCGUCAACUGCUCUGCCUGCAUCCUCGCUGUCGUGGGAGGCUCCGUCCUCUCCGAGAGCCCUCUCACUGCCAUGCAGCUCCUCUGGGUCAACAUGAUCAUGGACUCCCUCGCCUCCCUCUCCCUCGCCUCCGAGGACCCUUCUCCUGACCUGCUCAAGCGCCCUCCCUGCCCGCGAGACCAGCCCCUCCUCUCCCCUGCCAUGGUCAAGUUCGUGCUGGGACACGCGGCAUGGCAGAUCCUCGUCCUCUCCUUUCUCGUCUUCGGCAUGGGCGACGUCUGCUCCCCUGACAUCGCCAACCCCAAUGUCUGCGCGCCGGCUGAAUCUCUUCCAACCACCCACUACACCAUCGUCUUCACUUGUUUCGUUUUCCUGCAGCUGUUCAAUCAGAUUAAUGCAAGGAAGAUACACGGGGAGGUGAAUGUCUUCAAAGGCAUCUUUGACAACAUGUACUUCUUGAUCAUCACGAUGAUAGAACUGCUUUGCCAGUGUAUGAUGGUGCAGGUGACAACCAAAGAGUGA